UGGACCACACUCACCACUCUGAAAAUCACUAAAUUAUAAUUCUGGAGGGAACACCGUUUUUAUCAAAUGUUAGACUGAUGGAGAACAUUUAUUUUCUCAGUGGACUAGACAAUUCUUCAGAGUCCCAACUAGUCCAAGGUGUGUGAGUGAGCUGAGGUGUUAGAGGGGAUUCCAGAUGAACCCCCAGACUGAUAAAGCUCAGCUGCCAGAGGGUUGUAACCCCUAUGGAGACCCCCGGCCCCCUCCUGCUAAACUGUCCCGUCUGGAUCUGAAUGGAGGAGGGACCACACCACAGGGGAGGACACGGCUUGGCAGCCCAGGGGCCAAAGCCCCCAGCCUGACCACCAACAUCAACACCCCAGGAUUGCAAUCCAGGAGCUGGCACAAGGAAGGGAGCCUGCUGCCUGUGUUCUGUGUGGUGGAGCACAAGGAGAGCCCGCCCGAGGGAGGGAGGAAAGAGGAGCAUGCUGAGUUUGUGCUGGUCAGGAGAGAGCUGCUGUUCAACCAGCUCAUCGAAAUGGCUCUACUGUCACUGGGUUACUCCCACAGCUCAGCAGCGCAGGCUAAAGGUCUGAUCCAGGUAGGCAGGUGGAACCCUGUCCCUCUGUGCUGUGUGACAGAUGCUCCAGAUGCCACCGUGGCCGACAUGCUGCAGGAUGUCUACCAUGUCAUCACCCUCAAGAUCCAGCUACACAGCUGCCCCCGUCUUGAGGACUUGCCCCCAGAGCAGUGGAGUCACUCCACAGUCAGGAACGCCCUGAGGGAACUGCUAAAGGACAUGAACCAGAGUUCACUGGCCAAGGAGUGCCCCUUGUCUCAGAGCAUGAUCUCCUCGAUUGUGAACAGCACCUACUAUGCAAACGUCUCUGCGGCCAAGUGUCAUGAAUUUGGACGAUGGUACAAGCACUUCAGAAAUCCGAAAGGCAUCAUGGAGAUUGACGGCUUCUCUGAACCAACCCAUCUAGGCUCCACCCACCACACCUUUAGCCAGCAGCCAAUCCCAGGCAGCACAGCCGAGCAAGCCAGCUCCUCGCCCCUCCCCUUUCCUCAUGCGGGCAUGGCCACUACCAUCUCUGGGCGUGGCUCCCUCAAUCUCCACCCCUCUGGCCUGGUGAACGCCCCCCUCAGCCCUCAGUUGGUCAGCCAGCAGCUGGUGAUGGCUCAGUUUCUGAACCAGCAGUAUGCAGUCAGCCGCAUGCUAUCCCACCAGGGGCUGUCUGUCUCCCCCCAGCAAUACCUCAACCACCCCCCAAUGGGGAGGUCUUCCACCCUCCUGGCCAAGUCCCUGGAGCCCCAGCCCCAGCCUGGCCUCGGAUUGGCCCCCCCGAACCAGGCCACUGGGCCCUCAGAUAUCUCCAGUGAAAUCUACCAGUGGGUGAGGGAUGAGCUGAAGAGAGCAGGGAUCUCACAGGCUGUGUUUGCCCGUGUGGCCUUCAACAGAACCCAGGGCCUGCUCUCUGAGAUCCUUCGUAAAGAGGAGGACCCUAAACAUGCGUCCCAGUCCCUAUUGGUCAACCUGAGGGCCAUGCAGGGCUUCCUUCAGCUGCCUGAGGUGGAGCGAGACCACAUCUACCAGGAGGAGAGAGAGAGGAGUCUGACCGCAUCCACAACAGUCAGCCAUACAGCCAGCAACACCACACUGUCUAGGAAGGAGGAGGGAAACUGUGCCAAGGCAGAAGAUUGGCACUCCCAGCCUUCCUUAGGCAUUCCUCCAUCCAGGAUGUCUCCUGUGGGGGCGGAGCUGAAGGGUCCAAGCUCUGUGCUCCAUGUCAGCAGCUCCAUCUAUGAGGAGGUCCAGCAGGAGAUGAGGAGAGCCAAGGUUUCCCAAGCCAUGUUUGCCAAAGUGGCUGCCUCCAAAAGCCAGGGCUGGUUGUGUGAGCUGCUACGCUGGAAGGAGGAUCCGUCCCCGGAGAACCGGACGUUGUGGGAGAACCUGUGUAUGAUCCGUCGGUUCCUCAGCCUGGCGCAGGCAGAACGCGACGCCAUCUACGAGCAGGAGAGCAGCACGCUGCCGCAGCCCUGCCUAGAGAGACUCUCACACCUGACGAGCGACAACACACUGCUCCAGCGUCCUCCCACCCCACUGUCCCAUCAUCCCUUGCAGCCCCAGACGGGGCCUCGUCUGCCACCACGGCAACCGUCCACUGCCUCUCCGGCCGAGUCAGAGGGGGACAAGGUGCAACUGCGGGCAUGGUGGGGACGCAAUGGUGAAGAAGGGGGUGGAUACACCCGGAGUGAGGGAGGCAGAAGAGAUAAGGGUGGUAAGGGCAAGGACUGGGGUAGUAGCAUUGGGGCGAGGGAGAGAAGUGAGGGAAGGAGUACUAUGGAGAAGGUAAGGGCCGAGGAAAGGGGUUAUAAGAGCGAGGGUAGAGGCAUUAGGGAUACUGCUGAAGGCGAGGGCGAGGUUUGGAGGGUAUCCCAGGAGGCUUUGGGGAUCCUUCAGAGUUUCAUCCAGGAUGUAGGCGUGGACCCAGAUGAGGAGGCGGUACACACACUGUCUGCCCAGCUGGGCCUACCCAAACACACCAUCCUUCGCUUCUUCCACAGCCAGAACCACAACAAGGACCAGGUUCAGGUCCAAAACGAGAGCUCUCUCUCCACCUAUAACCACAACCACAAAGACAAGCAACGCCACUGUUCAAAAACAUCCCUGACUCAACCUGACAAGACAACAGGAGACAAGGAUCAAGAGAAGGAGGAGGAGGAUGAGAGAAGGAUAGCAGAGCUUACUGGAAAGAUUGAGAAAGAUGAAGAGAGUGAAAAGAUGGAGAAAAUGGAUGGAGAAAAUGAAAGGGGAUUAGGGACAGAUACUGUCAACUUGAAGGAGUUGAACAUUGGUACUCAAACCACUGUCACCCUAAAACAGGAGGGGCAAAUGGUCUAACUAAAUCACCUGACACAGCAGAAGUAAAAUGGCUUCAACAAUUACUGUACACUCUUAAGGCCCGUUCAUACCAAGGACGAUAACAAUAACUAUAACAAUAACUGUAUUUGCGUCCACACCACUCGACGAUUAGCUUCUUGCAACGUUGUCUUCCAUUUCAAAUACGCCGGCGCUUUAAAUUCAGAUGGAUUCUGAUUGGUUGUCAGUGUUUAUCGUUCAUAAGUUGUGAAAUAAAUCGUUUUGAGUGAUCCAACAAUAUAGUUCCGCAUAUAGUUGUCGUUAUUUUUGUGGUGUGGACUCUUCUAUUCUUUUAAAUAUAGAACCAUUUUAAACUGUCUAUAUAUAACUAUAAAACCAUUUAUAGUUAUCGUUCUUGGUAUGAACAAGCCCUUAGGCAUUCUGAUUCUGAUUGUGAGUUUGAUAAGAAAUGUACUUGCUUCACAUUUAUUUUAACCUGUUGGAACCUAAUGAGAUAAACAACUUCAAAACUGUGACGCGUGUUUACACUGUGUAGGUUUUCCCAGUUUGUUGUGAAUCAUUUACAAGUAUAGUAUCACACAAAUCAACAAGUUAUAGACAUGAACUUGAGAAAGCACUUGAGAUGCUCGAGACAUCAUUAUGCCAGCAAAUGCCUUGAAUUACAGUGUAUGUUACUGCCACUUCAGUUUUGUAAUGUUCAUUGUGUCCACAUUGAUGGUGUCAAACCACUUCCGCUGUAUCCAGCUCAGCAAAUUGACUCUUUGUUUUGUUUCACAAAACAUGCAACACAUUUUCUGUUGCAUAGCAUUCAUCUACAGUAUUCUAUUCUGUCUAAAAUUGUACUUCUUAUUUUUUUCCAAGAAGAUACAUUCCACUAGCAUUAUUAUUAUUAUUUACAUAUAAUGUUGUGUCUUUUAGUCGAUGAUGCUGAUUUGAGGGAAUAUUGUUUUUAAAAGCAGGACUUGCAUGCAUGUUGUGUGUUGCACGCAUAUUUUU